AUGGUCUGGUUUGGCUUUCCAAAAGCACGAAUCACCCUCGUGGAAGACGAAACUUUGAGAGUGGUUGUACCAAGACCCAAAUACUGGCAUUCGGUGCCUGGAGGCCAUGCUUGGCUUUACUUCUGCCGCAGCUGGUACUUCUGGCAGUCCCAUCCAUUUACCUUCUUGGAAUCUACUACUGAAGAUAACUCGAUUGUUUUCUUGUGUAAGGUCAAGAAGGGACUCACAGCUAAGCUAGGAAAGGAGUUGGCAUUGCUUCCAGGAAAAACUCUCACUUGUCGUGUUUCGGUAGAAGGUUCAUAUGGAGAGUCUUGUCCAGUGUCAAAACACAGCAGUGCUGUUUUCUUAGCUGGUGGUAACGGUAUCCCAGGUAUUUAUUCAGAGAUUUACGACUUGGCAAGAAGGUCUAUAGACAACUCCAAGCAGAUGCUCAAGCUUGUGUGGAUUAUCCGUGAACCCAAGAGUGUUGCCUGGAUGUUUGAAGAGAUGGAGGCUUUAAGACAUACCAAGAUUUACACUACCAUUUACAUCACCAGGCCUGAUUUGGGAGGAAACGAAGAGCUUUCGUCUAUGUUGAGCCGAAGACUAGAGACUUCAUCUUCUGACGACCAGGAAGACAAGGAAAAGAAACUUGAAAAGGAAGAGUACACUUUUGUCUCAGACGACUUGGUCAACCAGUUGAGAGACCAUUUCCCUCAUAUUGACUUCAAAGUGGGCAGACCUUCUAUUACUGACAUUGUUCAGGAAGAAAUCGACGAGUGCAGUCACAGUGCUGCUUUCGUUAGUUGUGGUCAUCCAGCCAUGGUCGACGACUUAAGAAGAUCAGUAGUCGAAAAGAUCGACACUACAAACAAGAGAAUCGACUUUUUCGAACAGCUACAAGUAUGGGCUUAA